ACCCUGAGGCCAUUACACUCUGGCCUCAGGACUACAAGGACACUCCAAUCCUCCAAUCGGGCCCCAAUCAGGGCCUUCUGCUCCCCAGCCACUCCUUCGUGCCCCUUGUGGGGCAGGAGCUCCUGGAGUGACAGUCCCUACAAAAAAUGAUGACAGAAUACAGGCUUGUGGUGGUGGGUGCUGGAGGUGUGGGAAAGAGUGACCUGACCAUCCAGCUGAUCCAGAAUAAUUUUGUGGAUGAAUAUGACCCCACCAUAGAGGAUGUCUAUUGGAAACAGGUGGUCAUUGAUGGGGAUGCAUGUCUGCUGGACAUCCUAGCAGGUUGGGAGGAAUGUGGUACUGUGAGAGACCAAUGCAUCCACACAGGGGAGGGUUUCCUCUGUGUGUUUGCCAUCAACAGCACCAAGUCCUUUAACAACAUCCAUCAGUACAGGGAGCACAUCAAACGGAUAAAGGACUCGGAUGAUGUGCCAAUGGUGCUGGUGGGGAACAAGUGUGACCUGGCCACUCGUACUGUUAAAUCUUGGCAGGCCCAGGACCUUGCCCGCAGCUAUGGCAUCCCCUACAUCGAAACCUCAGCCAGGACCCGGCAGGGUGUGGAGGAUGCCUUCUACACACUUGUACGUGAGAUUCAGCAACACAAACUACGGGAGCUAAACCCUCCUGAUAAGAGAGGCCCUGGCUACAUGAGCUGCAAGUGUGUGCUAUUGUGACAUCAGAUGACGGUACUCCAGCUGAUGGUCGUCCUGCUCCUCCUGGCUCCUGCUACAGCCCAGAGAUCUCGUUCCCACACCACCGCU